GCUCCUGCACCCCGGAGCCCAGAGCCCUGCACGAUGAGCUGGGGACCAGCAGGCAGGGUGGUGGAGCCCCUGGGUGCUCAAGAGGGGCCCAAGGCCACCCUGGGCAUCUACGACAUCGUAGUGGUUGUCGUCUAUUUCAUCUUCGUCCUUGGCGUUGGCAUCUGGUCGUCUAUGCGGGCCAGCCGGGGGACCGUCGGGGGCUACUUUCUGGCUGGCAGAUCCAUGACCUGGUGGCCCAUCGGAGCAUCUCUGAUGUCCAGUAAUGUGGGAAGCGGCUUGUUCAUCGGCCUGGCGGGCACUGGGGCUGCGGGGGGCAUCGCCGUCGGUGGCUUCGAGUGGAACGCCACGUGGUUGUUGUUGGCACUCGGCUGGAUCUUCGUGCCAGUCUACAUUGCCGCAGGCGUGGUCACAAUGCCUGAGUACCUGAGAAAGCGGUUUGGGGGCCAUAGGAUCCAGAUCUACAUGUCCGUCCUGUCCCUGGCGCUCUACAUCUUCACCAAAAUCUCUACGGACAUUUUCUCUGGAGCCCUAUUCAUCCAGGUGUCUCUGGGCUGGGACCUGUACCUGUCCACAGCCAUCCUACUGGUAGUGACCGCUGUCUACACUGUGGCCGGAGGCCUGACCGCAGUCAUCUACACGGACGCCCUGCAGACGGUCAUUAUGGUGGGAGGAGCCCUCGUCCUCACCUUUUUGGGAUUCCGUGAGGUGGGCGGGUAUCCUGGGCUCCAGGACAGGUACAGGAUGGCGGUCCCCAACGUGACGGUCCCCAACACCUCCUGCCACGUGCCCCGCCCAGACGCCUUCCACAUGCUGCGUGACCCUCUGCACGCUGACAUCCCCUGGCCGGGCCUCAUCUUCGGGCUCAGCGUACUGGCCACCUGGUGCUGGUGCACUGACCAGGUCAUCGUCCAGAGGUCACUGUCUGCCAAGAACCUCUCUCACGCCAAGGGCGGCUCGGUGCUGGGAGGCUAUUUGAAGAUCCUGCCCAUGUUCUUUAUCGUCAUGCCAGGCAUGAUCAGCCGGGCCCUCUACCCAGACGAGGUGGGCUGUGUGGACCCCGAGAUCUGUGCCAAGGUCUGCGGCACCCGGGUCGGCUGCUCCAACGUGGCCUAUCCAAAGUUGGUCAUGGGACUCAUGCCCACUGGUCUCCGCGGGCUGCUGGUGGCAGUGAUCAUGGCGGCGCUGAUGAGCUCCCUCACCUCCAUCUUCAACAGCAGCGCGACGCUCUUCGCCAUCGACAUCUGGCAGCACUGCCGCCGUCGCCGGGCCUCCGAGCAGGAGCUUAUGAUCGUGGGCAGGGUGUUCAUCCUGGUCCUGGUGGUGGUCAGUAUCCUCUGGAUUCCCAUCAUUCAAAGCGCCAACAGCGGACAGCUCUUCGACUACAUCCAGUCCAUCACCAGCUAUCUGGCACCGCCCAUCACGGCCCUCUUCCUCCUGGCCAUCUUCUCCACCAGGGUCACUGAGCCGGGAGCAUUCUGGGGCCUCAUGUCCGGGCUGGCGGCUGGCCUGAUCCGCAUGGUUCUGGAGUUCUCGUACCCGGUGCCCGCCUGCGGGGAGGAGGACGGCCGGCCGGCCGUGGUCAGGGACGUCCACUACCUGUACUUCGCCCUGCUUCUCUGCGGCCUCACGGCCAUCGUGAUCGUCGCCGUUAGCCUCUGCACCCCGCCCAUCCCGGAGGAAAAGCUGGCCCGCCUGACGUGGUGGACGCGGCAUGGCCCAGUUCCUGCCGCCGAGCCGGAGAGCUACGGAUCCAGCAGACCCUCUACAGGUGACCCUAACACUGGGGCCGAGGGAGACGUCAGGGAAAAACCGGCACCGGCAGCCGGCUCUCAGCGUUGCUGCAGGGCUCUCUGCUCGUGGCUCUGUGGGCUCCCAGGGCCGGCGGGCUCGCAGCCGGACCCGGCGGAGAAGGCGGAGCUGGCCAAGAGACUCACCAGCAUCGAGGAGCGGCCGUUGUGGAGGGCGGUGUGCGACAUCCAGGCGGUGAUCCUGCUGGCCAUCAACGUCUUCCUCUGGGGAUACUUCGCCUGAAAGUGGGCUCCGGGCCACCCAUCGGCUGGGGUCCCUCGGAACCGAGCUGGAUCCGUGCCGGGAGAGAGGGAACCUCACCCGUAGCCUCCAGGACAAGACCAACCAAUCAAUCAACCAUACUUAUUGAGCGCCUACUGUAUGCAGAACACCACACUGGGCACCUUCUGCAUGAAGAACACUGUAAUGGGUACCUACUGAGUGCAGAGUGGUGUACUGAGCUCCUGCCAUGGAGAGCUGGACUGAGAGCUUGAAACCAUGGCCUUGAGGAGUUCUCCAUCCAGCAGGGGAGAUGAUCACACAUCACUCAAAGAACAUUGGAGGUUUUGGACCACUCGGCAGUCCUGAACAGUGGCCCGGGUCCCGGGGAAUGGGCAGAGGGCCCCCAGAGCCAGGGGGGUCAAGUCACGGUCAGACCCCACCCCCUCGGUUGGGCUGCCAGCCGGAGACACCCUACACCCCCCAGCUCCUGGAGUCCCCAUGGCCAGGAUGGAGGGCAGUUCCCUGAUGGGCAUGGACAGGAUCCUGCCUGGGGGCAGAGAGCAUGGUGGAAUCUUUUGGAAAAGAGACCGUCCUAGGCUGCCCGGCGAGGCCCCACACCUUUGGCCUGAGGCUAAGUGGCCAGUGGGGCAACGAGAGAUCUGUGGAGGAAGCCCCCAGCCGAUGUCUCUUCAAGCUCUCCACCGAGAGAUUACCGCUAGCGUCUCUUCUCUUCCCGGGGCAGGCACUUGCAGGACAUAUCUAUGUACACACAUCUGACCCGGUGGAGCAGGGGGUCAGGGACAGACUGGCCAGAAAGCAAGCAAUAGGCCAGAGGGUCCCUGGAGGGUGACCAAGCCCACUCACUCCACCGACAACCCCCACAUUGGCAUCAAUUUUCCCAUCACCUCUGACCCAUCCUGUCCUGCUGCCCAGGCUCCAUUCCCACCUCCCAGAGUCCAGUCGGUUAUGACCACGGCAGGAGCCGCUCAGAAAUCCAGUGGCGGCCAGUCAGGGAUGUCCGGACCAGGCCGAGAUGCCUGAGCUUCAGGAGGUAUUUGCAGCGCAGGCAGAACACCCAGUUCCCAGAGACGACUGUCAUUAAAACCCACGUCCACCUGCACAUCCACUAUGUGUCUCCCAGACGGGCUCCCCAGCGGGGCAAUCCAAGCCAGGGAAAGAGGGGUGAGCCUCAUGAGAAUAGCCCAGACACCAGAGGCUGUGUCCAUGGCAGAGGAUUGUGGGUCAACACAGGG